AUGGAAUCUAUCGUGUCGGUGAAGCAGCAGACCGGUCACAUGUUCGAGGACUGGCUGGAGCUUCGCAACGGCUGUCUUUGCUGUUCACUUAAAGAUCCAGGUGUCAAGGCCAUUGAGAAUCUAAUGCAGAAGCGGGGAGAUUUCGAUUACAUUCUCAUCGAAACCACUGGUCUCGCUGAUCCUGGCCCGAUUGCCUCGAUAUUUUGGUUAGAUGAGAGUCUUUGCAGCCGGGUCUAUCUCGAUGGAAUCAUCACUUUGUUGGAUGCUAAGUAUUGCCUUUCACAGUUGGAUGAUCACAAUGCUGAUACGACAAAUGACUGCGAAAGGCAGAUCGCGCUUGCCGAUGUCCUUGUGUUGAAUAAAACUGAUUUGGUUUCGGUAUCCAUCAAGCACACUGUUAGAAAUCGGGUUCGCUCGAUCAAUGCUUCCGCCCGACUUCUGGAGACAUCUUUUUCUCAAGUCGAUCUCAAUGACAUCCUCGAUCUCAACAUGUACUCAUCGACCCCUAGAUUGGAUAUUUUCGAGGCACCGUUUUCCUCCGGCGAUUCCCAUUUGGAUCAAAGAAUCAGUACAGUCACUAUUGAAUCUUCCAAGCCCGUUGAUCGGCCGCAUUUCGAGAAUUUCAUUGAGUCACUUCUUUGGGAGAAAAGCUAUACAGAUGAAAAUAACAAUUCCAUAGUCGUACUCCGAUUGAAAGUCAUCGUCCGUUUGGCCGGAUUCUAUUCGGCUUUCGCGAACCCAUCACAUUUCUCCUUGCUCCAGAUGUGGUUACGCUUUACCAACGCUAUUUCGUACCACUCACAUGCUGUCGGUCCAAACCCGUAUGAUCGUGGCUACUUGGCUGCACACAGGUGUUAUCUCAUUUGCGAUGUUUCCGUUAACGUUCUGUUUGUCUGCUAUUUCUGAACUUUCAACUGCCUUCACAAACACCUUUAACCUAGGUCCUCUCGUCAUGCGAUGUGGUAUUCUUCGUCGCACGCUUGAUUGCUCGCCUAUCUAUCAUGUUCUCUUAUGUUCACACGAUUCACGCCACUUGGUACUUUAUUUUUUGCAGGGCUUUGUCCGGUUCACAGAAGACCCAGGUAUCGUGCACUCGCUACAAGCUGUCAAUGAGCUGUACGAUUUAUGUCCCGUACCUCCUGAAAACACUGCACUCUUCGGGCCCCUAGCCCUUCGACUGAUCUUUAUUGGACGAAAUUUAUCAAAAGCUAUGCUACAGCUCGCGCUGGAAAAUUGUGGCUCAUAGAUACUAACAUGUCUCCUCCACAGGCGAGAUACGGUCCCGAUCACCUUAUGUACAAAGUAACUUCAAACGUAUAUCACAUAUAUUGUUUUUAAACACCA